AGGCCCAAAUACGUUUUACGUGAAACAAAAUAAAGAAAAGUGAAGUAAAAAUAAUAAAAAAAGGUUUUGAGCUUUUGAUCUUCCUCCUCCUCCUUCUCCUGUUUUUUUCGUCGCUUCUCAGUUCUGACUAAUCUAUGAUUCUCUGAGACAACAAGAGAUUCUCCAACGUUCAUUUUUUUCGCAGCUUCCAAGGUUUUGUACAAGCAAUGACAGUUCUCAAAAGGUAUGUACUAAGGCUAUUCAUGUCAAUCAAGUACAUAACAGCAAACGUAGUGGACAGAAACAACGGGAGAAUAGUGACAACAGCUUCAACAGUAGAGCACGCGAUCAAGAACUCACUAGAGUGUGGCCGUACUUGCAACGCCAAGGCGGCUGCUAUUGUAGGAGAGGUUUUGGCGAUGAGGCUUAAAGUGGAAGGGCUUCAAGAUGGUCAAGGAAGAGGCAUACACGCCGAUGUCAAGAAAGAAAUCGAAAAGAAAGGGUUCAAGAGUCGAACCAAGGUAUGGGCUGUUAUUAACUCUCUAAGGAACAAUGGUGUUACUCUCAUUCUUGAUGAUUAUGAUGAUGAUAAUGACAAAGAUUAUCGUGAUCGUUCUUACGAGGGUCAUCGGUAAAAAUUCACAAGCUUUUACUUUCUGUGUCAUCAUCUUCUAGCUGUUGUGUAAGCGUAGUUUCAGUUCUGUAUAACUUGGAAUAGUCAAAUCUUUUGUAGCAGAUAAAGGUGA